AUGGCUGCGAAGGGCUCCCAUUCUUACCUGAAGCUGGAGGGGGAGAUCGAGAGGUGCCGGGCGGAGUGUCAGUGGGACAGGCUGCCCGAGCUGGGGAGGCAGCUGCUGCCGCCAGCGGCCAGCCCCCCGCGGAAAGGGGCCGCGGACGCGCAGGACUCCGUGGACUAUGGGAAUCUGCUGCUUGCAGAGGCCCUUCUGGAGCAGUGUUUAAAGGAAAACCUUGCCAAAAUAAAGGACUCCAUUCCAUUAAUGGAAAAGAAUGAGCCAAAAAUGAGUGAAGCCAAAAAGUAUUUGACCGGUAUUCUAAACAGAGGAAAAUUACUACCUAAAUAUAUGACUGAAGCAGUGUUGAUCCUUGGGAAGCUCCAUUAUGUGGAGGGAUCCUACAGGGAUGCAGUCAGCAUGUAUGCCAGAGCAAGAAUUGAUGACAUCUCCAUAGAAAAUGAACCUUUGUACCAUCUGCGCCUGGUGACUGAAGCAUUUGUUAUCAAAGGUCUGUCACUGGAGCGCUCGCCCAAUUCGAUUGCCUCCCGUGCUCGGCUGUCCGAAAGGGAAGAGGAGGUUGUGGCUUGUUUUGAGAAAGCAUGUAUCAUUGCACAAGUGUACUUGCAGGAACUUGAGAAGACCUCGCAUUCAAGAAGCAUAAAAGGCAGCAAUGUGACUUUCUCUGACUUUGAACUUCCCUAUUUCCUGGAAGCAGCUCUACAGAGUGCAUAUGUGUCUCACUUGAAGAAGGGAAACAUCGUGAAAGGAAUGAGGGACCUGCGAGAAGUAUUACGGACUGUGGAAACAAAAGCUACUCAGAGCUUCAAAAUGACAGCAGCCAAACAGCUAGCCGAAGUGCUCCUCCACUCCUUGAGUGAAGACUGUUACUGGAACCCCUUAUCUGAUCCUCUGCCUGAGUUCAUGAACAAGGAAGAUAACUCUUACGUUAGCACUCUUCUUCGGCGGAGACCCCAGCUAUACACAGGAGACAACCUGUACUGCCCUCAAGACAACAUAGAAGAGGCUCUUCUCCUCCUGUUAAUCAGUGAAUCUAUGGCGAACAGAGAUGCAGUAAUUAGCCGUGCCCCUGACCAGAAGGAUGAUCGAGCUGUCAGCCUCCAGGAUGCUUCUGCAGUGUAUGACCUUCUGAGUAUCACGCUGGGCAGAAGAGGGCAGUAUGUCAUGCUUUCUGAGUGUCUGGAGCGAGCAAUGAAGUUUGCGUUUGGUGAAUUUCACCUCUGGUACCAGCUAGCCCUUUCCAUGGUGGCUUGCGGGAAGUCGGCAUAUGCUGUGUCGGUGCUCAGAGAGUGUGCUAAACUGCGUCCUGCAGAUCCCAUGGUUCCUCUUCUGGCUGCUAAGGUCUGCAUUGGGCCACUGCACUGGCUGGAGGAAGGGGAACGUUUCGCCAAGAUGGUGAUAGACCUAGGAGAGGAUGCUGGAGAGUUCCUAGCUAAGGGGUAUCUUGCCUUGGGUCUGACAUACAGUCUUCAAGCUACUGAUGCUACCCUGAAAUGCUCUCAAGACAAAUUGCACAAGAAAGCCCUUCAAACUUUGGAGAGAGCACAUCAGUUGGCCCCUGAAGACCACCAAAUCAUCCUCUACGUCUCGUUGCAGCUGGCUCUUGUCAGACAGAUUUCUGAUGCUAUAGAACACCUUCAGGAAGCACUGAAACUGUGCAAAGAUGAUAUGAAUUCACUUCAUCUACUGGCUCUCCUUUUUUCAGCCCAAAAGCACUAUCAGCAUGCACUCGAUGUCAUCAACAUGGCUCUCGCUGAGUACCCAGAGAGCUUUAGCUUACUCUUCACCAAAGUAAAGCUAGAACGGGUGCAUAAAGGACCUGAAGAAGCUCUGGUGACCUGUAGACACAUGUUGCGUAUGUGGCAGAUGGUAUAUAACUUUUCACAGCACAGUGGCUCUGAGAAAGAAAGCAGUGUGACUGAAGUGCCGAUGAUCAAAAAGCACAAUGGGAUGCAUCUUUCUCUCCCUGAUGCGCAUGAUACUGACUCUGGCUCACAGCGCGCCUCUUCUGUUGCUGCUUCACGACUGGAACAGGCCAUGUCUGAAGUAACUAUGCAGAAUACUGCCCUGAGGCAAGGACCUAUGCAACUAUGGACAACUCUUGAACAAAUCUGGCUACAAGCUGCUGAACUCUUCAUGGAACAACGGCAUCUCAAAGAAGCAGGAUUUUGUAUCCAGGAAGCAGCUAGUCUUUUCCCCACAUCUCACACUGUGCUGUACAUGCGUGGGAGACUUGCAGAGAUGAAAGGCAGUUUGGAGGAGGCUAAGCAAUUGUAUGAUGAGGCACUUACAGUGAAUCCAGCUGGAGUGGAAAUUAUGCACAGCCUGGGGCCCAUACUGAGCAGGCUCGGGCGGAGAAGCCUGGCUCAGAAGGUUCUGAGAGAUGCAGUCCAGAUACAGAACACCAAUCACCAAGCCUGGAACUGCCUAGGAGAAGUAUUGCAAGCUCAAGGAAAAAAUGAAGCUGCUGUGGAAUGCUUCCUAACAGCUCUGGACCUCGAAUCCAGUAGUCCUGUUGUCCCUUUCACUGUCAUACCGAGAGAACUAUAAAGCUCUUCCUUUCAGCCAAGCACAGCCCUCCAGUGGGUGGAUGCUAAGAAAUUUACACAGCAGAAACUCUGGGUUAGACAGAAAAAUACACCUGUAACUUGUAAUUCCAGGAUUGGACUCUGAUCUAUGUGUUUAGCUGAGGAAAAACCCAACCUUAGAACAAGUGACAUAGAGAGGACAGUUUCUUCUGGCUUCAUAGAUGUCUGAUCUGACUCCUGCUGAAGUCAGUGUGGAAAGACUCCUGUUGAUUUCAGCAGGAGAUGGCUCAGGCCCUAGAUGACUAAACUGACAGUAGUGUAGAUGCUGCUAGAGUGUAGCUGUAAGAAGCACUUGUGUUGAAAACAAAUUUUAUGCACCUUUCAACUUUUCUUGAGAAAGACUUAAUUUAAAAACAACCAUGAGCUAAAUUCAAACCUAGUGUAAGCAUGUGCAACUCUGUUAAAGUAAGGGAAGUUGCCCAACUUACAUCAAAGCCAAAUUUAGCCAUAUAUAUGUAUGUGCACACAGACACAUUAGUAGGUGAAGAAUGAUGACAGAAUAAUAGCUGUAGCUCUUAAAUACACUUUUUACAAAACUCUUUUAAAAGACCUGCUAAUACUUAUCUUCACCCUGCAGUGCCAUACUGCAAACAGUCAAUACUCACAGUAGCUUUUGACUGGACUGAUCUAAUUUAAAAGACACUUUCCUAUAGGCUGCUGUGGUGGCGUGAACCACAGAAGUGGAAAAGUCAAAGGCCUGAUCCGUUCAAAUUUUGACUAGUAUUAAAAAUAUGAUUUUCUUUCAGAUUAAAUAUUUAUUGCAAGGCACUUCAUCGGGCCAGCUAGUGUAAACUGUCUGAGCAUCAUUCUUAGUAAUUACGUACUCCAGCCGCUUUUACAGAAAGUAUAGUGCUGAUUUCAGGCAAUGUAUUAUAUGUGUACCCUGUGCUUUACUUUUGCUGUUGUUCUUGACAGAGCUUUUUCCUGCGUAUCUAUAAAACAUAGUGACUGCAUAGAUGAUAAACAUGUUUAAUUGUUGGAAGCAGUAUGUGUAUAUAUACAUUACCUUUUUUUUCACUGUAGUUUUUUGAUCAGCCAUGGCUUCAAAGGAAAUUGGCAUCAGAAAUACUGGGCCAGAUCCUUCAGUAUAUUAGGACCACUUUGUGCCUCAGCACCACUGUAAUCUGGCCCUGAAGCUGUCUUGCCUGGCCAGAGAAUAUCAGAGUGAUCUUCUGGUGGUGUAGCGCCAUCCUCCCGUCUGCUGGUAUAGUAGGGAAAGUGGGUGUGGCUGGCAUACCCCUAUGCUAAACGGAUCUUUGGCUGUGUUUUCAGCCCUCUAUGCCCAUUGCAGCAAGUUAGUGCAGCCCUGAGUCUGCUCUAACAUGGCACAAGGAAACGAGCAAGGAGUGAAGAGGUGAGCUUUCGGUCACCUUUACACACAAACACACACCCUGUCUUGUAUCAUCUGCACUUUGGCUGUUCAUAGCUGAUAAUCUGGUCCAUUAUUUCCACCUAUUUUUAAAUGGUUUUGGACUGAAGUAUUCUUUAUAUUAUAGCUCCACCAUGUAUUUGACUAGUUUACUCCAGAAAUAAUAUCUUCAUGCUGUAUAAAUAUAGAGGGUUUAUUUGUAAAGACCCUCACUAUUCUUCAGUUGACUUGCUGUCUGAAUUGUUUGCAAUGAUUCAGAAAUUUAAAGACUGCUUGAAUUGUUAAUUCUGGUGUGUCCCGUUUACAGUAAAUACAGGAGCUGCUGAUGUGGAAGAGGACUGUGCUUCCCCUCCCCCCCCCCGACUCUUUUUCCUUCUAGGGUACUCUUCAAGGCUUCAGUGCCGAAGAGGAGUUAGAGUUCAGUGAUUUUCUUUAUCUUGAACUCUUAAACUGAUUUUAUCAUGUUGGUCUGACAAUCCAGAUUAUUGUCCUUUAACCUAAGCAUGUGCAGUGAAACCAGUAUGUCCAUGGAAAAAGUCUCCAGCUUGAGAAGUCAUUGUAUGGUCAUACGAGAUAUGGGUGACUUAAAUGAGACUUGUCAGGCCAGAGACUGGCUUCCAGGGGUAUGCUGCAUUUCCCAGCAACCUUGCAUGUUUGCAGUGACACCAUCAGCGCAGGAAGUGGAGUGUGAAGGCUUUAAAACAAUAGAAUGAAAUGAGUUGCCGGAGCAGGAGCAGAUGGAGUUGAACCUGUUUUCCUUCAGGAGGCUAUAAAUAAAGCCAACCGGCUCAACGGGUUGGCUGGGGGUAAAGGUUGUUGUUCCAUUAGUAAGAUGUUAUCUAGUUACUUUGAACCCAAUUCUGCCCUCAUAUACCUAGGUCCAGAUCCUCAGCUGCAGUAAAUAACACAGGUUCACUGACUUCCAUAGAGCUGUGCUCACUUCCACCAGCUGCGGAUUGGCCCAAUUCCCACUCACCUCAAUGGGAGCAAGCCCUUUGUAUGGGCCAGAAACAGGAAGCGGUGUGCUCCAUCAUCCACAUUUUCUUGUUCUGCUUCAGUCUAUGAAGCACUGCUGCAGUAAUUCAGAUAUAAGGGGAAUCAUUUAAAGCAGAUAUUAAUGUCUCUCUGACUCUUGUAAUUCCACCACGACCAGGGGCGGCUCCAGGCACCAGCACGCCAAGUGCAUGCUUGAGGCGGCAAGCCGCAGAGGGG